AUGUUCUUACCUAUUCAUCUAAUCUUAGUCAGUUUUUUCUUUGAAUAUAUUCUAACUGAAGAUAUUUUACUUCCAUCAUCUAUUAUGAAUAAUCAAUCAUUAUUAAUAUCAUCAUCAUCAUUUUAUCUUUGUCAUUUACAUCAAUUAAAUAAUUCAAAAAUUUUUUUUCUUCAAGGUUACAAAAUAAUAAAUGGUGAACAUACAGGUAAUGUUCAUCAUUUACUUCUUUAUGAAUGUUCAAUUAAAGAUAAUCUUAUAUAUUCGGGAUUAUGUGGAAUGCAUAACGCUCGUUUAAUGCCUUCAUCUGUUUAUCGUCAUUGUCAAACACGAAUUAUUAUUGCAUGGGCUCAAGGUGGUCAACUUAAUUAUAAUUAUCCAACUGAUACAGGUUUAAAAAUGAAUUCAUAUACACAACUUCUACUUGAAGUUCAUUUCGAACCAUCUAUUCCAUAUAAUCAUACUAUUGGUAUACAUUUACGAUUUUAUCCAAUAGAUAAAAAACCUCAAUAUGAAAUAGGAGUUCUAACAUUGGGUACAUUAGCUCAUUCUCCACUAUUUCUUCCUCCAGGUCUUGAUACAAUACGUUUUCCAACAUAUUGUUUUAAUGAUUGUUUAAAAUAUUUUCUUAAAAAUCAAUUUAUUAUCAAUAUUUUUUCUAUACUUGUUCAUGCACAUCGACGUGCAACUCGUAUAAUACUUGAAAAAAAUAAUUUCAAUCGAUUAUUCGAUCAAAAUCCAUUUAAAUAUCAUCAACAAGAAAAUAUUUAUUUUACUAAACCUUAUCCACAAAUAAAUUCUACAAAUGAACUCACUCUAAUAUGUUAUUAUUCAACACGUCAUGAUUAUUCAAAAGCUAUUUAUGGUGGUUAUAAUUCCAAUGAUGAAAUGUGUCAAGCAUUUCUUUAUUAUUAUCCUAAAAUAGAAUCAUUUCCAUUAUGUCUUUCUUUACCUGUUUAUAAAAAUAAACAUCUAUUGAAUAAUAAUCAAAUAUGGACAAAUAAAUUAAGUUUAUUUAUUAAAUAUGAAUUAGAAUCAAAUUUAAAUCAUCUUAGUUUAUGUGGUGAUAAUAUCUAUCAUAAUAAUAAUCAAACAAUACUUCAUAGAAAAUUCUAUCAACGUUCAAUACAAAAUAUUACACCAUAUUUUUAUAUUUAUAUAAAUUUUUCUUCACUUUUUUAUAUUAUUAUUCUUUUUCUUCUAAUUUCUACUAUUUAUUGUUAUUUACAUACAAAAAAAACACUUACAUUCUUUUUCUAA